UACGUCGCGACCUUCGAGUCCGUGUCCAAUCGUCGGUGACCUCCGAGACUUUUCAAAUUUAAACUGCAAAAUCGAUCGGCUGUUACUUUUUAAAGCCCAGGUUGUGAUCACGGAUGCUUGGACCGGAGCAACGCGGGGGUACACGUGGUCGCGAGACAAUAGAAGGCCGCUGAUUCGUCCGCUUCACGAAUUGUCGCUCAUCGGUGCCGUCACUGUUCGCCGCGUUCAUGACAAAGGACUUACGAUGUUUACACCCACGAUCAAGCCCAAAGAUCACAGCGGGCUGAACGUUACCGUGAUGAAUACACCACGACCACAGGCGACGUCCACAGUACGCCGGAAAAGCACUUUGGAGAGCAGAUUCAAUGAUAGGCACUUGGGUGAGAAGGGUAAGCGAGAUCUACAAGACUUAUAUGAGCAUGAGUUGAUACAGAAAGAGGAUACUUCUUCGUUGGGUCUUCUUGACGAUAAUAUGUCAGUUCUCACAAACAUGAGUACAACAGAGGACGAUCAAAAAUUGAAUUGUCCCAAUAUAGAUGAUCUUGAAUGUGCCAGAAGACUUCUUCAGAGGUGCAGCGAUACAAAGAUCUCUUUAACCACAGAUACAAACAAAGAAAAUAAUGCCAACGUGCAAAAUGUAACAGGCAUUACACAGGCAUCAAACCUUGUACCAACUUACAUGUCUGAUUGUGGAGUGGACAAGGAGCACAGCACAAAUCAUUCAAUGAGUAAAGUUAGUUCAACUAGUAUUGCUUUUGAACCCAGUGAAAUAACGGCGCGUUCAUCUGGAGUCAGCAGUAGUGCUAAAGGACAGUCUCCUAUAAGCAAGACUAUCAAUCACUACAGCUUUAAUGAAGAUGAUAUAAUGGCACAGAUUAACAACGAGAUGAUGGCAGAGGUCAAUAACGAAGAAUUUGUAUCUGGUUCAAAAUUGGAUGAACAAUUUUUUGAUGAGACUUACUUGCGACAAAAUCGCACAUAUUGUACGCCAGGCACGAAUACAGAAAAGCAGAAGCUGGAUUUUAGUUCUCUUUCUGGUAUCAUUGGAGAACUGAAUUUAACAGUAGAAUCUUGUGGGCGGAAAGUGUCUGUUGGACAAUAUUUUGAACGUAAAUCUGACGAUAUAGAAAUGUUGGGAAAUAAUGAAAAAAUAAGACCAAGCUUUGUUUUGGAUACUCCUGCAAAAAUAGGAAAAUUACCAGCAUUAAUUGAAUCGACUGUCUUGACAGAUGCAACAGCAUUAACGGAAUCGUCAGAGAAAGAGCCUAGAAGAGAUGUAGAUGAAAACAGUAUCAUAAGUUUAAGCACUAUUGUUAAUACUUUACAAGAUUUCAAUAACGGAACGCCGCGGCGACUUGUCGAUCAACUUCUAAUGGCACAAAAGAAGAAGAAAAAUAAUACAAUAAUUCAAGACGACGCGAGAAAAGAAACUUAUACAUUGCCGUCCAAUAAAAAGUCUGUCCUAGCAAUGUCUACUAGAAACACGAACAAAUAUGAUGAUAUUAAUGUGGAAAAUCGUUCGGUUAAACUGUCAAUAGAUAGUCAAAUUAAAAAUAUAACUGGAGAUGAAAUUGUUGAUCUAAAGCAGGAGCGAACAAGAGUAUCAUUUGCUCCAAUUAAAAAUGUGAAGGAAGCUGAAUCCUUCGCAAAUGUAUCUAAAAAGAAUAUAUUAAAGAAGGAUGCAUGUAAUGAAAAUUCAGUAUCUUCGUUUAAUCAAGACGUAGGUGUAUCAUCAACAUCAGAUCUUAAAUUUUCUUUACCAAAUUCUACACUACCAUGCAAUGACAAAUUGACUACAUUAUCCAACAUACCAUUUAAAAUGUCCAAGAGUUUUGACGAGGAAAGUUAUAGUGAUUUGAACAUACAAAGCAAAGAAGCAAUAAAAGAAAGAUCUAAUAUGACAAGUUUAUCGCUUGAAAUGAACACAAAUGUGGAAAGGCAGCCUGAUUCAAGCAAAAAUGUCAUUCUUGGCAAGAAUACAGAACAAUUCUGCAAUUGUAUUAUUGGUAUGCUGAAUGAAGUUAAUAUAGAGCUUAUAAACAAUGGAGAUAGAUGGAUCACCUAUAUGAUUAAGCUAGUUGAAGUCGUAGGAGAUAUACAAAAUAUUGAAUUAAAUCUACCCUCGGAAGCAAUUUUAAUAAAGCCUAAUGGGAUCCGAUAUACAAAGAUUGAAGUGAAAGUAACACAAAUAUGCAAACCAAUAUUUGUAGUAUUAAAGAUAUUUUUAUCAGAUAUGGUGGCAAAGUCAAAAUGGUCCAUGAAACAUAUGAUCUUUGUUAAUCCAGAACAACUUGAGCUCGAUAUCACAUGCCCUUCUAACAAAGAGGAAUUAGAUUUUCAAUACAUUGUAGAUGAAACUACGAAAACUCUGCCUAUAACACUGCAUAACAAAAACAACGUUGAUGUGCCUGUGAAGCUUGAUAUAUUACAUAAUGAAACAAAAAUGUUCAGUAUUGAUGGACCAACACAUUUAAUACUCAAACCACUUGAGAAAUUUAUCUUUAAUAUAAAGUGUGAAAAAUCGCGAUCAAUGGAUUCUCCCCAAAAACAAUCACAACAUUGGACGGACAAACUAAUUAUAUAUGUACAAUACAAAGAUGAUACUGUAUUAUUCAGAAAAGAAGUGCCUCUUUACGCACAAAUAGGUAUUUGUAGAAUUCAAGUUAUUAACACAGAAAUACCUAUAAUUGUCCCAAGGCAGCACGGCAAAUUGCUAAAUAUCAUUAACUCGGGAAAUGUAGCAACUCAUGUAUCUGCUAUUGUUGUACCAAUUGAAGGACACCCAAACAUGACGCAAGAAUUUUUUAUAAAACCAGAUAAUAUAUUUUUGCAAGUUGGAGAAAAAAGUUCAUUUUUAAUUGUACAUAAACCACAAUUUUUAGAUGCAAACUCCAUUAAUGAUGAAAGAUACGCCAAAAUUAAGUUGGUUGCCGGGAACAAUGUUUAUCAUUACAUCAUAAGUACCGAGCAAAAAUUAUUAGAAUCAGAAAAAGAAAAUUAUUUGCGUUGCCAUACGCCUAAUAAUGUUGUAUCUCUAAGUCCAGCAACAUCACCACAAAGUAUUACCUCUAAUAAAUCUGGACUUUGCGAUAGAAAUUCACCAAUUAGUACAGUAUCUAGUUUAGCUGUAGCAGGAAAUAUCAUCCCGAUUAGAGCUACACAUGCUGCCCUGGUCUGGAACAGUGUAAAAACAGGAAAAAGUGAGACUAAAGAAUUUACGAUUCGUAACACGAGCAACAACAAGGUUAAAAUUCAAAUAGACAUAUGUGACGACAGUAAGAGCUUUAAGUUCCUCGGGGACAAACAAACUAUCAACACAAGCAUGGUACUGGCAAUGCAACGCCAAGAAAGUAAAACGCUUGCAGUCGCGUUCAGUCCAUACAAUGUAGGUCCAGUAGUUGGAAAAAUUACUAUUAAGCAUUAUACAAGAGAGAGUAGCGAUUCUCAACAGUAUAAAAGAAUACCUUUGUAUGGAUACGGCGGCUGCAGCAAAGUGAAAAUCUCAAGUACAUUUAAAGAUGCGAGUGGAAAAAUAUGGCUGCCACUUGGCAAUUUGUAUUCUGAAACUACAACUUUGAGUGCAAAUAUUACAUUGGAUAAUAUAGGCGAUUUACCAUCAUUCGCCAAAAUCACGGUUAUACCAAAAGUUAUUUCUCCAACACUGGAUUCUAGUUGGCAUGUAAAUCCAAAAGAAGUAAUACUUAAUGCUAAAGAAUCUCGACAAAUAGCAAUACAGUUUCAUCCGAAGAAAGAUUUCGCGUUAUUGCAACGUUCGGAAGUGUCGCACGUUGCAACAAUAAACGUUAUACAUGGUGAUGAACCAACCCGCUGGCGAAUCCGAAGAUUGUACAAUAAAAUAAAAGAGUCGGGUGAAUUAACGGGAAAUGAAAGUGAGGCAUUCAAGAAUAUUGUUCAUCCAAUAUGUAAAGCUUUUCCUGAGGAGCAAUUAAUUUCUGGUUUAACGUCAAUUCGCGAUCCUAUUCAAUAUCUAAGUGAUUUGUGCACCGGCGUUCAUCAGUAUGAGAUAAUGCUCACAGUGGAAGCAUGCGCGGAUGAUACUUUGCCUGUACAUUAUGAUACUGAUGAAUCAGAGUUGUAUCAUUCUCUAGUAAGCGAUACUACUCAUGUAGACGAAGCAGGUGGAGCAAGUUUUUUCGCUUUUCAAACCAUGGUAGAACACGAAGUUCAACAUGCUGAAUCGCAAGGAGAUCAAUUCACUGUAACUCCGUCCACCAUUGUUCUUAGUCCUCCAAUACAGAAUGAAGCAACUGUAACUAUUCUUAGCUUUUCCAAAGUGGCUGAGCCAUUCCAGACCAGUCUAUCGAAUUCAGACAACUUCAGUGUUGUUCCUGCAGAAGGAAUGUUACCCAGUGGAAAGAGCUUUCGUUUAAAAAUACAAUGUUCACAGAGAAUAGAACGUAAUAUGCAGGCUGUACUUGAGAUUUACACAGAGAAUAAUAAGCAGGAUGUGUUGAUCAAAGUCGUCGUGAGGCGAUAAUAAUCAAGUUUUUUAUGACAAUCAGAAUAUUUAUUUAUGUAAUUAUUGUAACUGAAGAAUUUUACAAAAAUCAUAUUUUAUUAAUGCAGACUCAUUUCUAACAA